GGUGGGGUAUAUAAAUUGACCUUGCUUUUAAUUUGGUUCAUUACUGGCUCCAAGGUUAAGGCAAGGGCAGAGGAGGGGCUGGAGCUGGCCUGAAAGCUGGAAUCAGUGGCCCUGCCAACACUAGAACCAAGGCUAAGAUCCAGACCAAGGCACUGGCUGAGGGAGAACUGAAAACAGGACCAGUGAUCCAGGCCAAUGCUUGGGAUGUAGCAGUGACGAGGACACAAACAGUGACCUACACUGAGGCCAUGGCUAUGAUAAGGGAAGUGAGCAAGAUGGAAGCUAAGACUAAAACUAGAAUCAUGGCUGAAACUAAGGCAAAACCUCUGGCAGAACCUGGUAUAGUGCCUCAUAACAAUUCAAAGGCCAUCCCUACAUCAAGGGUCAGUGCUGUGACCAAGUGUGAAGUCAAGGCUGAUGCUGGAAGUGAAACCAAUAUCAGGUCCUUUGCCAAAGCUGAUAAUAAGGCCAGUAUUGGAUCUAGGCCCCAGAGAAGGAGAGAGGCCAGCAUCAAGUUCCGUACUGGGGACAGAGCUGAUAUUACAAUCGAGUCUAGUGAUGAGAAUGAAGAAAGUAUCUGCUCCUGGUUUUGGACUGGAGAAGAGCCUAGUUUAGGGUCCUGGUUCUGGCCUGAGGAAGAGACCCCUUAUCAAGUCUAUAAGCCUCCACCUAAGAUCCAGGAAAAGCCUGAGCCCACACCCAAACCCGAACUUACUAUAAAGCAAAAAGCAGCAGCAUGGUCAAGGGCCAGGUAUAGUGUCCUAGUCCCAAUAGAGGGAGAGGAGCAAUCCUUGCCGCCAGAAGGGAAUUGGACUCUGGUUGAGACCUUGAUUGAAACUCCUCUGGGGAUUCGGCCUCUGACCAAGAUCCCACCCUAUAAUGGGCCUUACUUCCAGACCUUAGCUGAGAUCAAAGAACAGGUUAGGUAUAGGGAAAAGUAUGGGCCCAAUCCAAAAGCCUGCCGCUGCAAAUCACGUGUCUUUAGUUUAGAACCUAAAGAGUUCGAUAAAUUAGUUGCCCUACUUAAGUUAACUAAGGAUCCUUUCAUUCACGAAAUAGCUAAGAUGAUAAUGGGAAUCAGUCCUGCUUAUCCAUUUACCCAAGAUAUAAUUCAUGAUGUAGGUAUUACUGUCAUGAUUGAAAACUUGGUCAAUAAUCCCAACGUUAAAGAACACCCUAAAGCUUUAAAUAUGGUGGAUGAUAAUUCUGAGUCUUCUGAAGAAUCAAAAACAGGAGAGUCACACAUACAUCAGGUUUGUAAGGACAUAAUCACUUAUCCUUUGAACUCCCCUGUGCAACUUGCUGGACUAAAAUUAUUAGAGCAUUUGAGUGUGAAAUUUGAGGAUCACCAUACAAUUGCCAAUUAUAUUCCAGAUUUCCUCACCUUGUUAAACAAGGGAAGUGUCAAAACCAAGUUUUAUGUUUUAAAAGUAUUUUUGCGCUUGUCUAAAAAUCAAGCCAAUACAAGAGAACUGAUCAGUGCCAAAGUACUGUCAUCAUUGGUUGCACCUUUUAAUAAGAAUGAGUCAAAGGCCAAUAUUCUUAAUAUCAUUGAAAUAUUUGAGAAUAUAAAUUUCCAAUUCAAAAAGAAGGUGAAGCUAUUUACCAAGGAAGAGUUCACUAAAUCUGAGCUUAUUUCCAUAUUCCAGGAAGCAAAAGAGUUUGGUCAGAAACUCCAAGACUUAGCAGAGCACAGUGAUCCUGAGAACUCCCAUAGCCUGGAAUUCUAGCUGUGGUUACUGCUUUCACAGUUGGGUGCCUUCAAAAUACAAUUGGACCAGACCCUUUGGAAAUAUUCUGUGUCUCAAAUGCCCUGUGGAGCACACAACCAGUUGAUGGCUAC